UUUCAGAACUUUCGAGUUCUUGAAAUGGCUGAAAUUGAGUUAACAACUACAGCAGAAGCAGAACGAUAUCGUUCCGAAGGCAACGAACAUUUUCGCUCAUGUCGUUAUUAUAAUGCAAUUAAGAGUUAUACGAAAUCAUUGGAAUGUCAUGAAACAUCCGCGGUGUUGGCAAAUAGAGCUCAAGCUUACCUCAAUACCAAACAAUACGAACGAGCCUUAAUGGAUUCUGCGAGAGCGUUGGAAUUAGAUGCAAGCAAUAUAAAGGCAAUAUUUCGCUAUGCAAAAGCAUUGGAAAAUUUGCACUUGUAUGAAAUCGCAGCUGAAAAAAUUUCAAAAAUUGAUUUAACCAAUCCAAAGAAUAAAGAAAUAGCAAAGCUGAAACAAAAUCUUCAAGACAAGGUGAAUUGUGCAGAACUGAAGUUGUCAUGUGGUGAAAGGGAUGAAUUUCUUCGUUCGAAAGUACCAUUAACGGAAAUUAAAAAUAUUGAAAUAGUGAGGAUGGAACCAGCUGAACAAAUAAUCCAGGAGAAACAACAGAUAUCUUCCACAGAAUCGCCAUCACUGGAAAUUCCACCUCCUCCAACGACAUCAUUUAUUUUUAUCUCUGAUUUCCAUAGGCUUAAAGGUGAACCAAUAGCAUUUGCCGAAUAUUUCUUGUCAAUUGAUAAAAAUAACUAUGGCGAAUUGUUGGAUGAAAUAAUUGAAACAGAAAUGAUCAAGUGCUUAAUUGUUGGUUUCGAUAUUCUAGCUAAUGAGUCAAAUAUUUCUCAACUAUUAGAAUGCUUGAUUAAGCUAGCUGAUGUUUCCCGAAUUGAUAUCGCUGUAUUGUUUUUGGAUGAAGCUACAAAAAAUGUGAUAAGAAGAUUGGUGGAGUCAUAUCCAAUGAAUGAAAAUCAAUUAUCCAUUUUACAAGUCCUUUAUGGUCUGUGACAUUUCGAAAUAAUCAAAUAAAAGUUUAUUUUAAUCCC